CUUUCAAUGGAUAUAUCGAAAGAAAGUUUGAAGUUAAAAAUAAUAAUACUGGUGCUACACAGAGUGUAACGCAGUAUCAGAUAACAAAUUGGGAUUUAACUGGAAAGUUGACUAACCCUCAGACUAUACUGAUGGUAAUAGAAGAAAUGUACAGAACACAAAGGAAAAGAGGAAACACAAGCAUUGUAGUACACUGCAGUGAUACAGUUAGUCGUUCAGCAAUGUUUUGUGCAGCUGCUACAACAAUUAAUAAAUGUAAAACUGAAGGAGUCAUUGAUGUAUUUCAAGUACUCAAAAGUCAACGUAUUCAAAAACCAGGCAGUGUACAGACUGUUCAACAAUAUCAAGGAAUAUUUCAGAUUGUACUGACCUACUUGGAUUCAUUUGAGACUUAUUCAAACUUCACUACUUAAGAAGUAUAGCUACGUUAUAUUGGAAUAAAAAGUGUUUUUAAUUUUCCCUUAUUUUGGUUUUAUUUUGUGCUUUGAAUUUUUAUUUUUAUUUGUUUUAAUCAAUUAACACACUUUAUACAUUUUUUGUAUUGCUAUAUCAUAAUAUAAUAAUUAUGAGAACAAACUUUUUAAUAAUUGUGAA